AUGAUUCAAAAAGUUCAAAGCAACGUAUGGCGAGAAGUACGCCGUCAUUUGCGAGCGUCACGAGCUUAUACUGAUGCACAGCUUCGGUCUAGCGAACAAUCCUGUACCGUUGCAGAUGGAGCAGUCGCUCGAAUCGACAUCGCACAUUUACCUGCUAAUCAUCCUACAGAAGAUUAUUAUGCAGCUGCAAAAUGUCUUUCAUCUGAGGCCUUCCUUUUUGGUGUAUUUGAUGGACAUGGUGGUAAUUCUUGCAGCCGUUAUAUUUCAACACGGUUAUUUGAUUACAUAUCUGCUUCUAUAUUGAAACAACAUAUUGUCACUGAUUUACCCAUCAGAGACAGAUUACACUGGUUUUUUACGAAUGGUGACUUACUAGAUGAAAUGUACAGAGAAAACCAUUUGAAAAACAUCGAAAAUUUUUACAACGAAGCAGUGAGCGACUCGACGAUGACAACAGUGAGGAAGGCACUAGAACUCUCGUUUUGUGCAUGUGACAGUGAUUUGUCUACUAAUGCACUGGACGAAAGGCACAGUGAAUUGUCAAAGCAGUAUACUGGAAUGGUGAUGGCAGGCUCCUGUGCAGUUGUAGCUCACAUUCGUGGUGUAAAUUUGCAUGUGGCAAAUGUUGGUGACAGUGCGGCAGUGCUAGGAUUAUAUAGCCAAGGUGUUAUCUCAGCUAUGCCUCUUUCGAAGCCACAUUGUGUUGAUAAUGCUGAUGAGGUACAGCGAAUUAGAGACGCUCACCCACAUAGCGAAACGAACAAUUUGAUAGUCGGCGGUCGGCUUUUUGGUGAAUUGUUUCCUUUCAGGGCAUUUGGUGAUGUUAGAUACAAAUGGUCAGCUGAGCUACAAAAGGAUAUACUUGGUGCCAAGAGUCAUUCCCUGCCUUAUGGAAUGGACUCACCGCCCUACCUUAGCUCUUUACCAGAAGUUUUGUACCAUAAAUUGACUCCUAAUGAUCAUUUUAUGGUACUUGCUACGGAUGGUCUUUGGGAUUUCCUUGACCCUGACACAGUGGUGCGGCUAGUAUUCGAUCAUACACUGGGCAUGCAAACCCUCACUUCGUAUGCACCUUUUACAGGAACUAUAUUGUCACAGGUUCACGAAGACUUGAAGCAACGGUUGCACAGAACAAGUAAGAAACCACUGGAUGAAAACAGUGCUACUCAUCUACUUCGACAUGCUUUAGGUGGUCCUGGAGAGGUUUCGGCUCAGUAUCUACGACUGAUUGAAAUGCUACAGUUACCGCCUGAUGUAACACGUAGGUACAGAGAUGACAUCACUAUUAUUGUUAUACAUUUCAACCAAAAAUAUCUUCAUCAUCCAGGAAUGCCUCAAGGCUCAAAAAUCGAUGUUUCUAAUAACUUCUAUUUAGAAUGA